ACUGGUAGAGACUUUAGAAUCCCACGUGUGUUUCCACCAGACCAUUAAUUACAUCUCUCCAACAUUUGAGUUUGCCAUAUUGGUUUAGGCACAACUCUCUCUCUCUCUCUCUCUCUCUCUCUCUCUCCUUCAGUACACCUCUUAUUCUUCUGCUUUUCUUUACCAAUCCUAUCUCUUCUCUCUGGUUUUUAUUUUCUUUACAUCUGGAUUCACCCAUUUUUGGUAAACACAAAGAGUACCAGUCAUCCUAGAUUCUCCUUCCUCCUCUUCUUAGCUCCCACGUCAACUACUUCCAGCUUCUGUCGGCUGUUUCUUCCCAGAUCUCAACCAAUCUUUUUAAGCACAGUGAAGACCAAAAAUAUUAAAUGACGGAAUCUGAUGAUGCCUCGCGAGAGUUACCAGUCAGAGAAGGAGAAACUUUGUCAAAUCAAGAUCUAUCCAAAACCCAAGCGAUCAUCCCUGUGUCGCUCGAUCUCAAGCUCAAAGACAGUUUCAACGAUGAACAAAAGGGAACAAAGCGUGGGUCCAACCCGAGAGUCUUCUCCUGUAACUACUGCAGACGCAAGUUCUAUAGCUCUCAGGCUCUUGGAGGCCACCAGAACGCUCACAAGCGAGAACGGACAAUGGCGAAAAGAGCAAUGUACAUGGGAAGAAUGUUUGGUCACCAUCACAGGCCUUACACAUACUCUUCUUCUUCUCUAGGGAUGCAAGCUCACUCCGGUCUACUUCACCACACCUUAUCCCAGCCUCAAACUCCUCCUCCUCCUCUUGCAAGGUUUCAUCAGCAAGGUUAUUUUGGUAACACUGUGCCAUUGUUCUUUGACUAUGAUGAUGGCAGUGACUUCUUCUGGCCCGGAAGUUUUCGUCAGGCUGUAGAGGAAGUUGAAGCUCCCGUGGUGGUGGCUGUUACAGAGUCAGGUCUUGAUCUGAACUCUGCUGCAGCAAAUGAAAGUGUAGUAGAUAAUAAUAAUAAUGGCCUCAAGCCUGAUCUUACCUUGAGACUCUAAGGUCAUCACCUCAUGUGUUCUUUUUCCAUUGUUAGAAAUGUAGUUGAAGAUAAGUGGGAGAAAGAUGAUAGAAUUGAUGGAAAACUUUUGAUGUUAUAUAAAUGAAGUUUGUUACAUUUUGACAUUUCAUUAGAGCUCAUACAACUUAGUUCAUCA